AUGACUGAAGAAGUGAUGUAUGCAGACCUGAGGUUCAUGGCACCGGAAAAAUCCCAGGACCAGGACCUCCAGACUGCCAGACCAAAAGAUUCCCCUAGUCCAUCUUCCUUUUGGCGACUGGCUACAGUGGCAUUUGGGGUCUUCUGCCUAAGUUCAGUGGUAGCUGCAGGAGUCUUGGCUGCCAGGUUCAUCCUGGUCUGCCACCCUGGGCGUGAAAGGGAUGAAAACUUCACCCUGCAAAAGGCAAUUGUGGAAAGCCUCAGCCAGCAGCUGGAGCUCCUCCGGGCUCAGAAUUUGAACUUGACUGAGACUGUAAAGCAACUUGCCAACUCCAGAGGACGUGUAUGUAUUCCUUGUCCUGAUAACUGGCUACAGCAUGGGGAGAACUGCUACCGCUUUUCGAAGGAAUGGAAAACUUGGCAAGAAAGCAAGGCUCAGUGCUCUGCCCUAGAGUCCACACUUCUUAAGAUAGAGAGUAAGGAAGAGCUAGUCUGA